UGCUUUCCAUACAAAGUAUAGGUAGGAACUCGGUUGGAGCUGCCGGUAGGUACACAGGCAACUACCCCGCGCCCCACCAUCGCAACAAACACCUUCCUAGCCCUCAUGUGCAGCAUCUACGUACCUUUGCUUGGGAAGCUCGCCGCCUGUUCUGUUUCCAUGUGCUUCUUGAUUCUUCUCACAUCCCUUGCUUUUAAACAACGUGUCUGCACUCAUCGAAAAUAUCAAUUUGAACAAUAAUACAACGCUUCUUUGGUCUUUGGUCUUGAUUCAUCAAGUGCUGCUUACAUUUGUUCAAGUGCACGCCCCAUUUCCACCACCAACAUCAAACAGCUUCGUCUUCAUCUUCAUCUUCCCCCACCUGAUUGCUUUCACGCCUAUACGGACACACGCAUAUACCUCGAGCAAACUCGAGCUACGCGCUAAUCGGGAAUUAACUUAACAAGUAUCGCGUGACGAGACGACAGCCGCCAUACCAUCAAAGCUCACCAAGCACCAUGACUAGUGCCACUCUUGCCGAUGCCGGCAUACGGCAGAUCAAAGAUCACGCCUACAACGAGGGCAUCGAGAAACUGACCGACGCCAUCAAACAACGUGACGCUCCCCUCUGGUAUGCCGAGCGCUCCAAAGCUUAUUUGCGGACCAACCAGUACGACGCUGCCCUCCGGGAUGCCGAGACAGCACUUCACAUCGCCUACGAACGUGGAAACCGAGAAUUAAUGACCGAGGCCCAGCUCCGACGUGCCAUCGCCUUCUAUCGCAUGAAAAAGUACGCCGAUGCCGACGUCUGUGCUUUGUGGGCCCUGCGGUUGGCCGAGGGUGCCAAAGCACGGGAAGAUGACGACCAGCGGAACAAGGUUGACGAGAACGGGAAUUACCUUGUGACAGCCGCGCAAAUGAAAGCUGCGGAAGCCGAGAAGGCCGACAGAAGCAAAGAAACAGAGAAACGUGCGGCCCUUGAUCCGAUGACUAGCAAACGCAAGAUGGAGCUCUCCCAGCGAAACCUGGCCCUUACUUGGCGCCUUCAAUCGUUGAAUGGAAUGGAGAAGCUCCCGGUGGGUGACGAUGGUCGCAAGGUCCAUGUCACAGAUAUGUAUCCCGGUCCCUCUAAAAAUAAGACGACCGACAAUACGACUGAGAAUACCGCUGCUGGGGGCGAUACGGCCGCCUGGAAGCAGGCCUGGUCCCUCUACCAGACCCAAUACAAGAAACACAAGAUCCGGUACAGCUAUUACCAAUCUGACAUGGCUUUAAAUGUUGAUAUCUUCGUUAAGAACUUGUCCUCGGGACAGGUCGCCAUCGAGUCUGAUUCUCAUACUGUCAAAAUCAGUCCAGCAGCCCAGGGUGUAUCAAUCGGCGCCUUCGGCGGUCCUAUAGUUCUUUUGCUCUCUGAUGAGAUUAACCCACAAGCUACUAAAUACACUGUGAAGUCAAUGAAGAUUGAGUUAGGUCUCCAGAAAAAGCGGCCAGGUAAAUGGCCAUCUUUGCUGCGUCAGGAUGCUGGAAUUGUAGACAACCUCACGGUCAACGAUUUUAGCAGCGGGCCUUCGUUCGAUACCUUCCAUAUCUUCGUUACAUCCCUCGGUUUCGAUAAUUUUGCUAAGCUCCAACUUCCUGACUAUGCGAGUAGUCCAUCUACUUGGUAUGUAGCCCUCAUUGAGAAGCUACGAUCCGUGUUCAAUGAUCAAACCCGUCCGGCAAGUGAGCCAAAGAUGGAGGCGGCUGUUCCUUCUGGCUCGGCUCUACCUUCUAGUAACGCGAAGCCAAUGUCAGACCCGGUAAUUGGAACGAAAGAGAGCUCCGGGGGUGGACCUGCUUACCCCACUUCUUCAAAGAAAGGACCCCAAAACUGGGAUAAGAUGGAUGUUGAUGAUGACGAGGACGUCUCAAAAGACGGCGAUGUCAACAACUUUUUUCAGAAGAUCUACAAGGAUGCAGAUGAGGAUACUAAACGAGCCAUGAUGAAGAGCUUCAUCGAGAGCAAUGGCACGGCUUUGAGCACGAGCUGGGAUGACGCCAAGAGCAAGACUUAUAAAACCCAGCCGCCUGACGGUGCCGAGGCCAAGAAAUGGGAAUAGGUCAGCCGACGUUUCGAUAUGGGGCAGCGAGGCGUUUUAUGUUUCGCAAGCUGAUGACAAGUUCAUGACUAAAAAUGCUUCGGGGUUGGCGUUUGAAAAAAGAUACCACUAUAUAGUACGGUUAUUCUAUCAUGCGCAAGGCUGAAUAGUUCGGGCCGGCGAUAAUCCAAUCCAAUAUCUACUUACACUGCUGACUACUGAUGU